AUGUUAAGGACUGACUUCUCCGUGUUCAGUGAUAUUAAUAAUGUGCCACAUUUUAAAAAGAAGAUCGAAGCCAUUAUGAAUGGACGGGCUGUAACUCACCCACCUUGUACCAAUGACGGGGAGUGUAUCAGGUGGAUUACAUGUGAUCCAUCUACACAUGCCAUGUGUGACUACAAGACAGGGGACUGCCGCUGCCGAGACUUAUACUUCCAAAGGAACCCAGUCUCCAGGACCCAGUGCACGUCCAAUGCGGGUUGUAUAGGAGCGAACGUCUGCGCCAAUCCUUAUGACGCUGUGUGUGAUGAGGCCUCUGGCGAGUGCUACUGUCAAGAUGUCCCAUGUGCCUUCGACUACGAAUGCCCUAAAAAGUGCGGGAGAGCUGAUGUCUGCUGCCACCAUGAUAACCGGUGUCACUGCAAAACUUCAUGCUCAGGCAACUAUCUGUCACCUUUCAGAUGUUCCAGUAAUGAAGAUUGUAUGCAAUGGAACCCAUGUCCAAACCCAACAGAAGCCGUGUGCCAGGUUUUGUCAGGUCGCUGCUGGUGUACAGGGGAGUUAAUCAACAGAGGCAUUUACUCACAGAUUACUUGCAAGAGUUCUGUCGACUGCGUACACAUAAACAUGUGUCCUAACUCUAAUGACGUCUACUGUGACGCAUCCGCUGGUGUGUGUCAAUGCAGAGGUAGAAUCAUGCAAGGCAAUGCCUUACCUCGACCUGCUUGUAGAGCCAAUGAAGAUUGUCUUCCUAGUACUUCUUGCUCUAGUCCACAAGACGCUUACUGUGAGAUGUCAUCAGGACUCUGUCAGUGCAGAAUUCUUCCCGGCGGUGCUUCUGGUGCAGGUGUUUCCAGUGGAGGCAACGCCAAUGGUGGUGUAUCUGGAGGAGUUGUUCCCAGUGGUAGUGGUUCCGGUGGACGUGUUCCAAUCAAUAGUGGCCCCGGAGGACCUGUUUUCGGAGGUAGCGGUUCCGGUAGCGGUGUUCCCAGUGGUGUUGGUUCCGGCGGAGGUGGUGGUGUUCCCAACACUGGUAUAUUUGGAGGUUACGGCCCCAGAAAUCCACAACAGCAAUCUUCAUGCAGAAUGAAAGACGACUGUGUCCGAUUGAAUAUCUGCCCAAUGCCCAAUGACGUUUUCUGUGACGUGUAUUCUGGACAAUGUCUGUGCCAAGGAAAUGUCCAACAAGGAAAUGUCCUACAAGGAAAUGUCCAUCAAGGAAAUGUCCAUCAAGGGAAUGUCCAGCCCAUAUCUUCAACGCCAUGCAAAUCCACAACCGACUGUGUUCAAAUGAAUGCGUGUCCUAAUCCUAUUGGUGCUGCCUGUGACAUAGCGUCUGGCCAUUGUCUAUGCCGAGGCGGAAGUGUCGGCCUGGUUCAAGCAUCAGACAGGCAAAAUCCUAGAGUCUGCAGAACAAACUCAGACUGUUUUCAAAUAAAUGUCUGCCCUAAUGGUCUCAAUAACCUCUGUAAUUUAUCUUCUGGCACCUGUCAAUGUCAAAGUCUAGGCGGAAGUGUCGGUCCAGUUCAAGCAUCCGACAGACAAAAUCCUAGAGCCUGUAGAACAAACUUAGAUUGUGUUCGGAUGAACCCCUGCCCUAAUGGUGUCAAUGGUAUAUGCGAUCUGUCGUCUGGUAUCUGUCAAUGUCAAAGUCAAGUUCCAGUAUCCAGGAACGGAACACAGACGUGUCGCACAGCAGACGACUGCUUCCAGGUGAAUUUUUGUGCCGUUCCAAGAGAUGCGGUAUGUCGAUCGGGAAAAUGUGAAUGUCAAGUCAAACCUUGAUUCUCAUCAAUGAUAUUUAAAUGACCUGACUUACAAGUCUGCAUUACAUUUCAUGGAAUGAUUCAAGAACUCUCCGAUGACGAUUCUUAGUCUAUGAUUGGUCAUACAAAUUUUAAAGAUAUUUUAGGUCGUUAUUUUUAGAAAACCAUUAUAUCUAAUGGAAGAAUACCAAACAACAUAUUUAAAAAAAAAACAUUGCUUAUAUGCAUCUAAAUCUACUUACAUGUAUAUAAAAUGUGUUUUGCAAUGAAUAAAUGAAAACUUUCAAUAUAAAUGUAAGUCAAUUUUUAUAACAUCAGAUUUUUCUGUUUGAAUUUGUGUAAGACUGACUAGAAUGUAAAUGCUAUUUAAACACAUAUAUCAUUAUACAUAUAAUUUAUAUUAACAACUUGAACUUCAAUUCUGUAGACAUUUAAUGUAAUGCUUAUCAGUUCAUGAAAUCUUAAUUUAUCAUUUAGAAUGAUAUGCAAAUAAAGUGAACCUGAAUUUAUAAGUAAGUUUCUAAUUUAUAAUGACUUGUUUUUAAUGUCACAUUUGUGUGUUAUAUAAUGGAGAAGACAAAAUAAACAUGUUCAAUGACUAUAUUGACUAUUACAUUUGUGUUCCUUUUUUUUUUACUCAAAAUUAAUAAUUACAAAAAAAAAAGGGAAAUUAAUUUUAAAUCAUUUAGGUUCACUUGUGAAUAUCUAGUGAAUAUCAAAGGGAUGUGCCAAUAAUCUUUUCCACUGUACCUACUGUAACAGUUUUAGUGGUCGGUGGGGAGUAUGUUUUGAGAAUUUUUUACAGAAAUAAAUAGAUUCUAUUGAUCCACAUGGAGAGCGAGU